AUGAAGUCCUUUGUUUUAUUUCUCGCCGUAUUAAUCUCAUCUGUCGAAUUACGUCGUUAUGAUAAUAAUCUAUAUGAUUUAGAGGAUCUUCUCACGAACAAAUAUGAGGAAUAUAAACAUCGUCCAGAUCCUCAAUACAAUGCGGAUGAAGGCGGUGAAGUUCCAGAUUAUUCUGCAUCAUUACAGGACAAAAAAAUAUAUCCAUCAAAUGAAAAACUUCUUCCUGAAAAUGACUAUGUCGAAGAAGAAUCAGAAAGUUAUGACACAACAACUAAAGUAAUACCAUCAAAGAAAACAAAAUCAACAACAACAGCAACAACAACAACACUAGCAACGGAUCCAAAAGAUUCAUCUGAUGCAUCAACGUGUGUUGCUAAAUAUGAUAUUAAACCUGAACAAUUAGUUAAAGUAAAAGAAUUAACAAAUGGUGCUCGCAUGAUACGAUAUGUUCUUAUCGAUAAACGAACAUUACCAUUUAAUGUUAAAGUUAAAGACAGUUGUAUGCAAGAAUGUUGUAAAGAAAAAACAUGUGAUUUAGCUAUGCUCAGCGAACAACCUACUCAUGAUGGUUAUAAAUGUUAUUUAUUUGCUUGUAAUGGAAGUUGUAUAUUAGCAUCACAUCAAGAUUAUACAGUUAUGAUGUAUAAUAAAAGUUCAACAGUAGUAAAAAAUAAUGCAAUAUUUACAUCAACUAUGACUGAUAACAAUUAUUCAAAUAAACGAUCAUUUUUCCGUGAAACAAGUGUUAUUCUAUUUCUUGUUUUUGGUAUUAUAUGUACAAUUAUUUUAUUUGUUUUACUAUUUUGUCAUUGUCGUGAUUCACGAAAACGUGGUCGUAGAUUGAAAAAUUAUUCAGUUGAUGAAGAUUAUUUAAUCAAUGGGCUUUAUAUGUAA